AAAAGAUCGAAAAGGGACCGCGAAUAUUUUUCUAACUAGCGGGGAACUCGAAAAUGGACUGACAACUCCAUCACAGGGGGGGAAUAUAACUGACCUAUAUAUAAGUAAUUACACAAUCAAGCUUCUCCUGGCACUUCCAAAGUUCUCCCUCUACAUCAAAGAUUAAUUCCUCUGUGUCUCUUUCUUCCUUCCCUCCCUUUCAAUGCCAAAGCUCUUCUUCCUCCUUUUCUACAUUCUCACAAUCCUUCUCCUCCUCAAUUCCACUCCAACGCAAUGCCACACAAAAGGAAUAAGACCGAAGAAGGGACGGUCCCCUGGGAAGCAACUGAAGGUGAACAUGACGCGGGUUGAGUUCUCGGAGCAGCAGUUCAUGAAGUGGGUCAAAUUCGUCGGCAGCCUCAAGCACUCCGUCUUCAAGGCCGCCAAGAACAAGCUCUCUGCCUCCUACACCCUCACCGUCGACAAGAACCCUGCAGCAGGCGACUUCACAUCGAUCCAGGAAGCUAUCGACUCCCUCCCCUUCAUCAACCUCGUCCGGGUCGUCAUCAAGGUCCAUGCCGGAGUUUACAAGGAGAAAGUGAAUAUUCCUCAAUUGAAGUCCUUCAUCACCAUUGAAGGGGCUGGAGCUGAUAAGACAAUCGUUCAAUGGGGAGACACAGCUCAAACUCCAGGCCCCAAAGGGCGGCCCAUGGGGACUUUCGCCUCUGCCACUUUUGCUGUCAACUCUCCUUAUUUUAUAGCCAAGAACAUCACAUUCAAGAACACGACGCCUGUGCCGCCACCAGGAGCAGUGGGGAAGCAGGCAGUGGCAUUUAGGAUAUCAGCGGACACGGCCACUUUCCUAGGAUGCAAGUUUCUGGGAGCGCAGGACACGCUCUAUGACCAUGUGGGCAGGCAUUAUUACAAGGAUUGCUACAUUGAAGGCUCUGUCGACUUCAUCUUUGGCAAUGCCCUUUCCUUGUUUGAGGGGUGUCAUGUCCACGCAAUAGCGCGGUACACGGGGGCCUUGACGGCGCAGGGGAGGUCCAGCAUGCUGGAUGACACGGGCUUCUCCUUCGUCAACUGCAAGGUCACUGGCUCUGGGGCGCUCUACCUCGGGCGGGCAUGGGGCCCCUUCUCGAGAGUCGUCUUCGCCUACACUUACAUGGACAACAUCAUCAUCCCCAAAGGCUGGCACAACUGGGGAGACCCGAGCCGCGAAAUGACUGUGUUCUAUGGGCAAUACAAGUGCACGGGACCGGGAGCGAGCUUUGCAGGGAGGGUGUCAUGGUCCAGAGAGCUCACUGACGAGGAAGCCAAGCCUUUUAUUUCCCUUAGCUUCAUUGAUGGCUCUGAAUGGAUCAAAAUAUAAUAACAACUCCUCGAUUACUAAUCCAUCCAUCCGAUAUUUCUCAUG